GGAUUUUUCGAAGCGGGAAAGAACAUAUUUGGCACAACAAAAUAUUAUGGCAACAAAGUAAUCUUAGCGGAACCAAAACAAUUUAAAGAUACUACUGAACUUUCGUGAAAAUCGGUUGUAACAAAUUUACGGAAAUAUAUUGUUUUACAAGACCACAGGCUCUCACAAGGAGAAUACAAUGAUAUUCUAUUCUCCUCUUAAAUUAUGAAAUCUAGACGCACCCAAAAGUCUACAAAACCCCGUUUACAAGACCCCAAACUCGCUGAUAAGGGGCACAAGUCAGCCUCGAAAAGCCAUGCCAAACCACCAUGUGAAUCGUAUCCUGCCCAAAAAAAGCCUUUCACUGGGAAACUAUUCUACUUAGAUUUGCCAUCAAACAGAAGAGCAGAGACAUUAGAGAACGAUAUCAAAAGGUUUGGAGGGACGGUGGAGAAGUUCUUCAGCAAGGAGAUCAAGUACCUGGUGUCUAAUAAGAGAGAGGCCAGGUAUGUGCAGUGUCAUGGCCGCGACCCUCUUGUCCCAAGCCCUGACUCUGGGCACAGCUCCCCCCACCCUCGCCCCCAUCCCGGCAGCCACAGAGACAGCCUCAAAGGAAGCUCCCAGGGCCAGGCAGACAUGGUGGUCAUAAGCAGGGGCAAGUCUUUUGUGAAGAGAGUUGUAAAAGAGCAGGUGAGAAUACAUGUCAACGAGAUCCUAACCAAUGCUCUGGAGUGGGGAGUGAAAAUCCUGUACAUUGAUGAUGUAAUAGCUUAUAUGGAAAAGAAGAAAAUGAAUGUUAAGUAUACUGCUGAAAAGCCAACCGCAACCACAGCUGCUGUCAAGAAAAAUGCCAAAGGAGAACCUAUAGGAAAACCAGCCUUCCAGAAGUAUAAGGGUGGAAGGAUUCGUAAACCCUUUGUAAAGGUAGUGGACUCCAGCAGACAUUACCGUCCAAUUUAUCUGGCCAUGCCGAACAUGCCAGAGUUUAACCUAAUGUCAGCUCCCCCCUGCAGUCCAUUCUAUGUAGAGGACCAGGAACACUCUGGGAAGAGACCUAAAGAGCACAGGAACCUAGGGGCGAGAGUGUCAGCCAGUGAGGAGAGGGGGCAGGACCGGGCCAGGAGGAACAGGGAGAAGAAACGUGGAGGCUACUGCGAGUGCUGCACGCUCAAAUACAACAACAUCAAAGCUCACCUGCGGAGUGAGCAGCACACGGCCUUCUCCAGAAGUGAUGAGUACCUGGUGGUGGACAGGCUCAUCACCACACUGCCCUUCAACUUCAGUCACGUCAAAACAACACAAACUCCAACCACAAGGUCAAAGCACAGCAUAACCUCCCUGUUGUGUGUUCCUGGACCCAGCAUACAGAUGGAGGAAGAGAAGGAGGGAGGUGUGGAAACCAAAGAGCUGAAAGGGGGAUUAAUGUCCCUCUGGUCUACUACAGUGGAGCCCCCUCUCUCCCAGAGUGUGGAAAACCCCUUGGAACAGCCUCGGAAGCGCAGCCGAGGAGCUCCUGUUCCCCACAGCACCAGCGAGGGGGAGAAGAGGUGCUCUUACGUCCCAGACAGACCCCAGCCCAAGCACAGAUCCCUGUCCUGCAAACAACGCUGCCAACAGGGAUCCCCCCGCAAGCACCCCCAGAGGGCUGGGCUGAGUCAGACACCUGUGUCUAAUGCGGAAAUAGACCCUUCUACCCUUGACUCUGUUGCCAACCCCAGACUUUCCCAUCAGGGCCAGAGAACUCACACAGACAAAGAUGGCCGCUCUUCAUUUAGUCAGACAGAGGAUUUACAAUGUGGCGAUCCAGCUGGACGUGUGAAGGUCCCUUCCAGUCAGCACAAGGUUGCAGGGCCUUCAGAACACCACAAGCUCAGAGCUUUAGAGGAGAGUGAACUGAGUCAUGAUACGUUGGCUGGGGAUACUCUUCCCGGGAAUACUGGAGGUGUUCCGGAGCUCGAGGCAGGUGACACGGAGACACACACCCCUCCUCCUGCCAGGACGUUACAGAGGAGGGUCAGGGAUUACAGACGGAAGAGAAGGAAAGUUGAGAAGCAGCAGACUGCUCAGGAGCAGGAAAAAACAAGCAAUGUUCCCAGCAGCUCUCUGCUGAACCUCUGGCAACUGUUCCACUCCAGUGAGGACAUGGAGUGUGAGUUCAGAGGCUUUCCCAGCUGUUCCACUCCAGUGAGGACAUGGAGUGUGAGUUCAGAGGCUUUCCCAGCUGUUCCACUCCAGUGAGGACAUGGAGUGUGAGUUCAGAGGCUUUCCCAGCUGUUCCACUCCAGUGAGGACAUGGAGUGUGAGUUCAGAGGCUUUCCCAGCUGUUCCACUCCAGUGAGGACAUGGAGUGUGAGUUCAGAGGCUUUCCCAGCUGUUCCACUCCAGUGAGGACAUGGAGUGUGAGUUCAGAGGCUUUCCCAGCUGUUCCACUCCAGUGAGGACAUAGACUGGGAGUUCAGAGGCUUUCCCAGCUGUUCCACUCCAGUGAGGACAUAGACUGGGAGUUCAGAGGCUUUCCCAGCUGUUCCACUCCAGUGAGGACAUGGAGUGUGAGUUCAGAGGCUUUCCCAGCUGUUCCACUCCAGUGAGGACAUAGACUGGGAGUUCCAGGCCUUCCCCAGCUAGAGAGGAGAGGGGGGGGGUUAGGGUGACCCAGAAUCUUCCCAAUAUGAGCGCUAACCUGUUACGGACUCACUGUAUGAACUUAUUGUAUGACAGUUUCAUUGAGUGACAUAGCAGAUCUAUAUGGGAGCCCAUUGACUGUGGCUCUUUAAACCUAUGACUUCUAUAAAGGGAAUAGUUCCCUUCAGGUUGGGAGGGUGGUGGUGCAACACUGUUGUGUUGAUUUAACCAUGGCAGCUUCUAGUCUACCUGGCUAUUUUACCAUGACUGGUUUUAUCUGGAGCACUAUCCCCAGUUCUGUACAACGCCUGCAUGUGUUCUGGUGUCCAGAGGAACUGCAUGGUUGUGUUUUUGGUAUGUGGUAUUGUACUUUUUUUUUUAAUUAAAAGGGAUACAACUGAAGGUCUUCUAUUGAAUUGUCAUUACAUUUCCGUACGUAUUGUACAGGUGAAAAAAGUAUCUACGUGACGUCUGAUAAAUUAAAGACUACCUAAACCGCUC